AUGUUGUAUGAUGAAAGAAACAAGCAAUACCAAAAUAAUAUAGCACCAAAAGUGAUAAAUAUAUACUGGCAAUUCUCUGAUUAUGGUGAAGCAACUCCAACAACUCCAACACAACAACUUCAACAAGGGCAAUUUUCAACUGUUGACUAUUCUGAAAAGAAAAGGUGGAUGUUAGUUAACCAUUAUAUAAGAAAGGCUUUUACACAAAAUGAAAAAACACGAUGA